CUGUUAUGUUUUACGGCCCAAAAAAUAGCCAUCCAAAUAUUACACAGUACCAUAUAAAUACUUCGCUAUUCUAGGGUUAGUACAUACGCCGCUUCCGUUUCGUUUGAGUUUAUCUUUGCCGACCCGGCAUCUCCAAACCCGCUGAAUCGAUAACAGGCAACUAGGGUGGGGUGAACAUCAUGCUCUUUUGAGACGGUGACCUUUAUUUACUGAAGGUUGCAAUUAGGCUUAUGGCUCGCAUAAUAGGAUGGGGGCCCAAAUAUUUUUACACGUAGUACUCUGUAUAUGAAAUACUCCAUAUUACAAUACUCCAUAUUACAGAGCCUGAAAAAUUGGGGGGGAAAAGCUACCUCCCCUGACCACCAGCUCUACACUACACAACUCCUCUCCAUCCUUCUUCUAUAGAGACAAUAGAGAGAGAAAAGCAUGGCUAGAGGGAAGAUCCAGAUCAAGAGGAUAGAGAACCAGACAAACAGGCAGGUGACCUACUCCAAGAGAAGGAAUGGUCUUUUCAAGAAAGCUCAUGAGCUCACUGUCCUCUGCGAUGCUAAGGUUUCCAUCAUCAUGAUUUCCAUGUCCGGAAAGCUCCAUGAAUACAUCAGCCCGUCUCUCUGUACGAAGCAGUUGUUUGACCAGUACCAGAAGACCCUCGGUAUCGAUCUUUGGUGCUCCCACUAUGAGAAAAUGCAAGAUCAGUUGAAGAAACUAAGAGAUGUUAACCGGGCUCUUCGAAGAGAGAUAAGGCAGAGGAUGGGUGAGAAUCUGAACGACCUGAGCCUUGAACAAUUGACAGAGCUGAUAGAAGAUGUGGAUGGUUCUCUCAAGCUCAUUCGUGACAGAAAGUAUAAGGUGAUUUCCAACCAGAUUGAGACUCACAAGAAGAAGGUGAGGAAUGUGGAAGAAAUCCAUAGAAACCUGAUACUGGAAUGUGAGGCAAGACAGGAAGAACCAUACGGGCUGGUUGACCAUGAAGGGGGCGAUUACAAUUCUGUUCUUGGAUUUCCAAAUGGAGGGCCCCGCAUCCUAGCUUUGCGAUUUGACCCCCCCAAUCACCACCAUCACCACGGCCACCUCCACAGUGGAGGGGGAUCUGAUCUCACUACUUUUACUUUACUCGAGUAAUAGUAGUACGUAUGCUGCCGAGUGUUCAAUUGGCUGGUAAAUAAACUUGUAACAUUUUCGUACAUGUGUCGCUGAGUGUGUCUAAUUAGCUGGUAAAUAAACUUGGUGUUGUAAUAUAUUCUCUAAAUUGAACAUGUUGUAAUCAAACUGAUGCAUGGGGCUGACUUGUAUUUUUAUCAUUGUAUGAACUAUGAAGUGUAUGAACCAGAAUGAUGACGUGCAGUGGCGGAGGGAGUGCGGUGUCAAUUGACACAACUCUUUUUUUUUGUAAUUAUAUAUAGAGGUAUAUUCUUUAAAAAAUUAAUUUGAUACCACGUAUAUAAAUGGAAUGAUUAUUAGUUGACACCACUUAAAUAUUUUUUUGUAGUUAUAUACUAUUCUCUGUUUUUUAAUUCUUGCAACAGUUUGACUUUCAUGUUUGUUAGCACACAACUUUGAUUGUAAUUAUAUUUAAUUAUGUAUUAGUAAACAUUAUAAAAAGUUGAUAUUUGGAAAUUCACAUUGAUAGGAAUUCAAUAACAUUUUACAAUUAAUAUGUAAUAAUUUGAUUAUGUAUAUUAGUAGAAAAUCAUGGUCAAAGUAAGGUGUGUGAAUAGUUCAAAAAUUACAAUGUUGCAAGAAUUAAAGAAUGCAUGAAGUAUAAUGGUAUAUUUUCC